CUUAUCUGCUGCUCUGCUAUGGGGACCAGCAUGAACGACUCGGCUGUGUUCGUCAACGCGUCUCUGACGGUUUCGGAUGGAUCAGUGUCUUCUCAGGACAUGGUAAUCACCAUUUUCCUCGGCACGAUCCUGGUUAUGAUGUUUCUCAUCGGUACUGCCGGUAACGUGUACACCCUGGUGGUGAUAAACGUGGCGAUACGAGUAACCGGCACCAUGUACGUCUACAUCGUGAACCUGGCUUUGGCUGACCUGCUGUACCUGUGCACCAUCCCGUUCGUCGUGUGCACCUACUUUGCCAAGGACUGGUACUUUGGCGACAUCGGGUGCCGCGUCCUCUUCAGCCUCGACUUCAUCACUAUGCACGCGAGCAUCUUCAUGCUGACGGUGAUGAGCACCGAGCGCUACGUGGCGGUGCUGAGACCGCUCGACACCGUCACUCGCUCCAGGCAAUACAGACGAGCCGUCACAUGCGCCGUCUGGCUCGUCUCCUUCACCCUUUCUCUCCCUACCAUGAUCAUGAUCGAGCUGAGAACGAGCAUCAAAGACGGCGUUCAGAAGCGUAUAUGCCACCCCACCUGGCAGAUGACUGCCUACAAAGCCUACCUGACCGUCCUCUUUAACACCUGCAUUCUGGCUCCCGGCUGCACCAUCGGGUAUCUCUAUCUCAGGUUAGGGAGGACUUACUGGACGUCCCAAACCACCAUGUUCUCCUCGUCUAAAGCAUCGAGCGGGACCAGAUGCCCCAAACAGAAAGUACUAUACAUGAUAUUUGGUAUCGUUCUUACGUAUUGGGCGUGCUUUGUACCGUUCUGGUUAUGGCAGCUGCUUAGUGUUUAUUACUUCGAACACAGGAAGCUCUCUAAUAAAACGAUGGUGUGUGUGAACUUCGUCGUGACGUGUCUGGCUUACUUCAACAGCUGCAUCAAUCCUUUCCUGUACACCCUUCUGACCAGAAACUACCAAGAGUACUUGAGAGACAAGCAGAAGAGUGGGACUGGGUUUAAAAAGAGAUUCUAUCACUCAUCUCAGAAAUCCGUGUCAUCUGGGAGUCACCAGUUAACACUGUAGGCCGGUGUCGGUCUCAAUGCCUGUGGUGGACCUUUAGGAUUUUUAUAAGCUGCUCUUAAGUGGAUGAAAUUUAUUCAUAUCAGAACUGACAUUUUAAUGCGUAGGCAUUUUAAUGCGCGAAUUUUAAGGAAAGCAGAGAUGACAUUUAAAAAACAAUAAGAUCAGACCAGAUAUGAGAAGAAAACUGGAAAUAAUAUGGGUUUUGAAAAGAAAUCAGAAUAAGGUUUAGGUUUGAUCCUGAAUGGAGCUUAAAGAGAAAAUCUAAAGCUUUUUUUUCUCCUACAAGAGCAACCAGAAAAAAUAUUUUAAUCUGCUUUGGUUUCUUGCCUGGGAACGGACUUGACAAGUGGUGCGGACAUUUUGAGUUUUGAGAUUUUAUUCAGAUGGAACGUUUCCUAAAUAAAUACGUCUUCUUCAGUUCUGAUCCUAGCUUCCUUUUAAACCACAGAAUGUAUGUACAGUAGGGUACAUCACAUGUGUAAAGGGGAGGUCAUGUGUUUCAGCAGCUCGUAGCUUCUUUACAUACUGCUUCAUGGAACCCAAAAUGCUAAAGGCUUAAAAAAUGGCUGUUUUUAGCUGAUUUUAACGAUUUUAAAGCCUUUAACACUAAAACAUAACCAGGUUUGUGUUACAGAAAUGAUCAGGCUGCAG